CCUGUCUUGAUUGGUGUCACCUGUGCUCAAUGUGUGUUCCAUCUGGUUUUGUGUUCUUCUUUCUCUGCCUUGUUUUGGAGUUUUAUUGGGAUGAACAUGAAGUUUCAUUACGACUGUCCUACAUUGACGCCCUAUUGCUGGUUCCCGCCUGAGUAUGGACACGGUCUCAUAGUUUUCCCAGAUGGUGGACAAUUUUAAACACAAAGGUCCUAAAUUGGCUGUCAAAGUCUACCAACUUGUCGGAUUACCUACUCAGACAUCUUCUGUCCAGCGUGGCAGGCAGGACGAGGAGCAGCGAGCAGCAAAAGCCCGGAGAGAGGAUUAGACACUGGGCAUCCUUUGCCUCCAAAAGUCCCUUGGAAGAAGAGGACCAGGAGGAGGUGAAGGGGCAAAGGGGGGGGUGGCUAUGGUGAACCGUACCCCCAUAUCUCCUCCUUCUUGCUUUUAUGUUUGAUUGCUGUGACAUCAGCAAGAAAAAAAAAGUAUUUUCUUCUGUUUGGAUUAAAAAGCUCCUUUUCGGGGGGGGUUUGAAUGGAUGACCUCGCCUCAUCCGUGUCGUCCUUCUAAUGGAUCAUUCCAUCACUUGGAGUUGUCAUGUCCAAAGAGGAAGACACUGACUGACUGACUGGAACAUUUCUCAUUGAUUUUUAUUUUUAUUUUAUUUUUUUAAUAGGAAUCUAGUUGAAGGCUGCCUUGGCGAGGACAGCGGGAAGAUGAGACCCCCCGGCCCUCUGCUCGCCCUGCUGUACGUCACACUGUCCACGUGUCUCAAGGUGGUCUCCAAGAGAGGCUCAGUGGACGGCUGCACAGACUGGUCGGUGGACUACCUGAAGUACCAGGUGCUGCAGGGCGAGCCGGUGCGGCUAAAAUGCGCCCUGUUCUACGGCUACAUCCGGGCCAACUACAGCCAGGCUCAGAGCGUGGGCCUCAGCCUCAUGUGGUACCGCAGUUCCGGCCUGGGCCACAGCGACUUCGAGGAGCCCAUCUCCUUCGACGGCGUGCGCAUGAGCAAGGAGGAGGACGCCAUCUGGUUCCGACCCGCCGACCUCCAGGACGUGGGCCUCUACUCCUGCGUCCUACGGAACUCCACCUACUGCAUGAAGGUGUCCAUGUCUUUAACGGUGGCGGAAAACGACACCAGCAUGUGCUACAACUCCAACAUGCGGCGGACGGAGAAGGCCGAGCUCAGCAAGAGCAAAGACGUUCUGUGCCCCGACAUCGACGACUACGUGGAGCCCGGCAAGGAUCCGGACAUCACCUGGUACAAGGAAUGCCGUCCAAAGCAGUGGCGAGCCAGCGUCAUCCAGAAGAGGGACAUCCUGUCUUUCCAUGAGGUGAAGGAGGACGACAUUGGAAAUUACACCUGCGAGGUUCAGUUUGGCGGCUUUGUGGUCAGGAGGACGACGGAGCUCACAGUCACCGCCCCUUUGACCGACAAGCCUCCAAAGAUCCUGUUCCCUUCGGAAAACAAGAUUAACAACAUGGAGCUGCAGCUAGGAGGAGCUCUCAACCUGACGUGUCGAGCCUUUUUCGGCUACAGCGGGGACGUCAGCCCACUCAUCUACUGGAUGAAAGGAGAUAAGUUCAUCGAGGAUCUGGACGAGGAGCGAGUGCAGGAGACAGAAAUCAAGGUUGUCAAGGAGCAUCUUGGCGAGCAGGAAGUCGCCAUCUCCUUGACGAUCGACUCGCUGGAGGAGGAGGAUCUGGGAAAUUAUUCGUGUUACGUGGAAAAUGGCAACGGCCGUCGCCAAGCUACCAUCCAGCUCUUCAGGAAGGCAGAGCUCAUGUACACGGUGGAACUGGCCGGGGGUCUCGGGGCCAUCCUGCUGCUACUCAUCUUCCUCAUCUCGCUCUACAAAUGCUACAGGAUCGAGCUGAUGCUUUUCUACAGGAGGCACUUCGGCAGCGACGACCUGGAUGGAGAAAACAAAGACUAUGACGCCUACUUGUCCUACACUAAAGUGGACCCUGACCAGUGGAGUCAGGAGACCCGCGAGGAGGAGCGCUUCGCCCUGGAGAUCCUCCCUGACGUGUUGGAGAAACAUUACGGCUACAAACUCUUCAUCCCCGACCGAGACCUCAUUCCAACAGGAAGUCUCACCACUGAGCAUUACCAGGACGACACGCGGCUCUUUGGAGCCUACAUCGAGGACGUGGCGCGCUGCGUGGACCAGAGCAAGCGCCUCAUCAUCGUCAUGACGCCCAACUACGUGGUGCGGCGGGGCUGGAGCAUCUUCGAGCUGGAGACGCGGCUGCGCAACAUGCUGGCCACCGGCGAGAUCAAGGUCAUCCUCAUCGAGUGCGCCGAGCUGCGCGGCAUCAUGAAUUACCAGGAAGUGGAGGCGCUCAAGCACACCAUCAAGACGCUCACCGUCAUCAAGUGGCGCGGCCCCAAGAGCAACAAGCUCCACUCCAAGUUCUGGAAGCAGCUGCAGUACGAGAUGCCCUUCCGCCGCACCGAGCCCAUGCUGGGCCACGAGCCGGCGCUGGACGUCAGCGAGCAGGGCGCCUUCGGCGAGCUGCAGACCGUCUCGGCCAUCUCCAUGGCGGCGGCCACCUCCACCGCCAUGGCCACCGCCCACCCAGAGCUGCGCUCGUCCUUCCACAACUCGUACCACACCACGGUGAGGCAGAAACACUACUACCGCAGCUACGAGUACGACCUGCCGGCGGGGGGCACCCUGCCGCCGCUCUCCUCGCUGGGGAACCAGCACACCUACUGCAACAUCCCACUCACGCUGCUCAACGGCCAGAGGCCUCCCGGGAAGGGCCGGGAGCACAGCCUGGAGGAGGCGCACGCCAACAACGCCAUGCUGCCGCUGCUGCCCCGGGAGACCAGCAUCUCCAGUGUCAUCUGGUAACCCCCUGGGCGGGGACGUCGGCGUGGCCGGGGACGUCGUCAUGGCCGGGGACGUCGGCGUGGCCGGGGACGUCGGCUGGGCCGGGGACGUCGGCGCGGACGGACGACAUCAUCCAAAUUCGAGGGGGACUUUUUCCACCGUCCUUUUUUUUCUACGGGAUUUCUAAUCAUGACAUCCUCGACGAGACAGUCCCACACCGGAGGACGGUGGACACGUGCACGCACACGCAUACAUCCGACAACAAGGAAAACAGGGUCUUGUACAUAUAAUCGCAAUUUCUUUGUAGCAUUUCUGUUCUCGCAUUUCAUUCAGUCUGUUGCCUUCUCUACCGUCGGAGUUUGCUUUUAACUCUGCACACCCAGGGAGGAAAUAAGGAUUUGAUCCCCCUAAAGAAUGUUCUAACGUCACCCCUUUACAUUGUUAUGAACAGUCCGGAACCUCCGCGGCCGGUUCGUUGUGACAAAGAAAAAAAAGGAAAGUAAAAUUACAGGGAAAGGAAGGGAAGCGAUCCGCAAGUCGACUUGUGGAUAAGCCUAAUAAACUUCUCCGUGACCAUGGGCAAGACCAAAGAGCUGUCCAAGGACUUCAGGGACCAACUUGUAGACCUGAGCAAGACUGGAAUGGACGACAAAAAAAAAGGGACCGCAAUUGAAGCAAUAAUUCGGAAAUGGAAGAAAUACAAGACGGCCUUGCUUUGGAGCGCAGUGACCUGCGGUGAGGGGAGGAAAAAUAUUAUUACUUAUUUCCUGUAUGACUCUAAUCUUUUUUUUUUUUUUUACUUUAUGUAUUCUUUAGUAAAAAUCACAGAUUUUGCACAUUUUUAGAUCAAAGAUUGCGUAAUCCUUCUGCGUAACUUCUUCUAGUGCAGGGGUUGACAACCUUAAAAUGUUAAAAGUGCCAUAAAUAAAUGUAAAUGUAAAUUGGACCUAUAUUGGACCUAAAAUUAAAUAAAAAAAUCUGUCUGGAACCACAAAAAAUGUAAAGUCUUAAAAAGUGUUAUAAUGAAGGCAACACAUGAUGUAAGGGGUACCCAAACUUUUUGACUCGGGGGCCGCAU